AUGAAAGCACGUGCAUCACCUUUUCCCUCCUCAUUCUUUCUUUCCUUCGCUUCCACUCCAGAGUUCUCGAGAGCGCAAAUCCAGGAUGGGAGGGUGUUGCCUGAUGAGAUCGCGGUGCAGUUGAACAAGUUCAAGAUGAGCUAUCAUGUUGAUGAGAGACAAACACAUCUAGUCGCCUCACCUCAACCGAGUGAUGAGAUUCGGAGGCUUCCCGACGAUCAGUUAGCAGUCGGAGAGGCUGAAACUGAAAAUGCUCAAGAAGAGAGCAAGCAAGUGAUGGCCGAGCAGCAGCAGCAGCAGUCAACGAUUUGGGGGUCAUUUUGCUCAUCUUUACGCUUUUCAUGA